CCUCCGCCAUAGUUUGGCAUCUUCUACUUCCGCCACCGGCCACCCUGUUUCUCUUCAUCUGCGUGUGCGCGCUCGCCUCCUGCUUCGAUCCCUCCACCGCCGCUACGGGCUGGAUUCUUUUAUGAUAGGCUGCUGAUCGCGAUUUCUAUGGCCUCGACGAAUCUGUAUCUCAAGGAAUCGAGAACAUCCUACUUCCUCGUGAUCUGCUUCGUUUUUGUCUUCAUCUGAUCCCCGAGUUAUUGAUCGCGAUCCCGUUACUUUCAGCCUCUCAGUGCAACUUUUUGUUCGAGGAUGCCGUUGGUUCGAGCUGAUCCGGCGGACAAGGAUGCAGAGCCGUUCGUGGAGACAGAUCCCACUGGGCGAUUCGGGCGAUACGACAACUUGCUUGGCUCAGGCUCCGUGAAGCGGGUGUACCGUGGCUUCGAUCAAGAGGAGGGAAUCGAAGUGGCUUGGAACCAGGUGUUUCUGAGGAGAUUCGCGGCGGAUCCGCCGAUGAUGGAUCGGCUUUUCGCCGAGGCGCGGCUCCUGCGAUCGCUGCGGCACGAGAACAUCAUCACUUUGUACAAAGCGUGGACGGACGAGGAGGGCAACACGCUCAAUUUCAUCACCGAGUUCUGCACCUCCGGCAACCUCCGCGAUUAUAGGAAGCUACACCGCCAUGUCUCCAUCAAAGCCCUCAAGAAGUGGUCGCGCCAGAUACUGAAAGGCCUCGAGUACCUCCACAACCACGAACCGUGCAUUAUCCACCGAGACCUCAACUGCUCCAACGUGUUCAUCAAUGGCAACACUGGCCAGGUGAAGAUAGGUGAUCUCGGCCUCGCGGCGAUCGUUGGGAAGAGCCACACGGCGCACUCGAUCCUGGGCACGCCGGAGUUCAUGGCGCCGGAGCUGUACGAGGAGGACUACACCGAGCUGGUGGACAUCUACUCCUUCGGGAUGUGUGUUCUGGAGAUGGUGACGCGCGAGAUCCCCUACAGCGAGUGCGACAGCGUCGCCAAAAUCUUCCGGAAGGUGAUGGCCGGCGUGCGUCCACAAUCCCUGAACAAGGUCAAAGAUUCCGAAGUUAAGGCCUUCAUCGACCGGUGCCUUGCUAAACCUCCGGCUCGCCCUUCUGCCUCUGAGCUCCUUGUCGACCCGUUCUUCCUCGGCCUCGACAAUGACAAUGGCGACUGUGACGCUGCUGCCAUGCUUCAACCACCUGUUCCUCAGCCUCGGCCGCGCUCGUCGGCCGUCGCCGCCAAUCCCGCUCGCCUGCAGAUUGCGUGACUGUGGGAUAACAAAAGGAAAACACGGUGAAGUGCCCGUAUGGUGUGACUUGCUUCUCCUCCAUUGAAUUGUAAUUUGUCUUUUUUGAGUUUGUUUUUGAUUUGUUGCAAGUGUUGAAAACUAUUAAAGGUUAAAAGCGAGAAGGACGUGUAUAUAUAUAUAUAUAUAUAAAAUUUAAA